UAUUUUGUUAAAUGUAAAUCGCUGCAUUUUAUUAUUCUUUACAAAGAAGUAUUAGGGUAGAAUAGUUCAAAAGAUAUUCUAGGGAAGGCCCCGGGACCUUUUGCGAACACACCGGGACCCCCCACCCCUGGUGCAUUGGUGUCCCAAUCUCGGGGGGAGGGUCUAGCAUUUAAGGGGCCCCAGCCACGGCCCCCUGCGGCCGCGUGAUCGAUGUUGGGGGCACCCGCCUCUCCCCGGUCUUCCUCUUCUCGUCGAGAGACACUUAGGUUUUUCCUGUCCCUCCCUAAGAUAUCUUUUGAACUAAUCAAUUUUCGAGCAAAGUAUCUUAAUAUUUUUUUAUAGAGAAUAAUAAGAUGCUGUGUAACUCUACUACAUAGUAAGUGAAAUAAGAUUGGUUCAACGAUGCACAUCGAAGCUCCCAUGUCCUCUUCGUCCAUCGCUUUCACGUUUGCUCGCUCGGUGGCUCGUUGGGCGCGUUAGUCCUCUUCUUAACGCGGAACUUUCGACCUCUCAUAUGCUGGCGAAUAACGGAGCUAGUUUAGUUUAUGCUCGACUCUGUCGUCGGUCGGAUCAGUGGAGGGAUCAGUGUUUGUCGGUGAAGAAGAGAACCGACUAGACGGGACGCGCGGGACUCACGAUAUCUUCGUGAAGAGUAAUCUGAACGAACUGACGGAAUAAGAACUUGACCUUCAGCCAUGAACUCCACGAACCACUUUUCGGCGAUGAUUCAUUCUCGUGGGUCGUUCAAUGGUCUCCACGCGACGACGCACUGCCGGUAGUGUUGACGGAGAUUAAAACCGUGUGGGAUUAGAAAAGGAGUAUUAGAGUAGACCGAGCUACGACAGCAGCAACAGAAACAUCCCGGUAGUCGCAUUCGAGCCGAUCGAGAACGAUGACGAACGCCGAGAAUACAGAAUCGAAAAGAAAUCCUGACGGGGUGUCUAAUGCCUCGAACGAGAUUACCGAUCACCGCCCUUUGAACGAGGACACGCAGGAUGGUCAUCGACUCGAAGAGAACUCGAAUUCGAGUACCGAAGGGAAUCCCUUGUUGGAUUCCGAUCGAAAGAAUUCAUCGAUUAAAGUUGACGUCCCGAUCAAGUUGAAGAGGGAUGACAGGGAUGAAGAGGAUCGAGCGUCGAUGAAUACAUCCAGAAAGGACCCAGAAGCAGAUGAUCGAAACGUGAACGUUCCACCUGACGGUGGUCUUCGAGCGUGGAUGGUCAUGAUCGGCAGUUUCGUGAUCAAUGGUGUACUUUUUAGCGUCAUUAAUACCUACUCGUUGAUUUAUGUGGAGUUGCAGAAGAGGUUGUUGGAGUCGGGAGAGACGGCAGCGUCAUCGAAGGCUGCUUUGGUAGGGUCGUUAACGAUCGGUACUACAUUCUUCUUAUCGCCAAUUUCUGGCAUUCUCACUGAUAAAAUUGGGAUUCAGAUGACCACGUUUCUGGGCGGUGCUCUCGCAUCCGGUGGCAUGUUUCUCUCAUCAAUAUUUUCUAGCGAGGUGUCAUUGCUCUAUUUGACGUACGGAGUUAUGUACGGGCUUGGUGCGAGUCUUGCCUACACACCGAGCCUAGCGAUCUUGGGACAUUAUUUUAAAAGAUAUCUGGGCUUGGUCAACGGGAUCGUUACGGCUGGCAGCUCGAUAUUUACCACCCUCAUGCCGUACCUCAUGGAGAUCAUACUCCGCCGUUUCGGUCUUGAGGGAACUUUAAGAUUUCUGGCUAUGCUUACCGCGAUCGUGAUGGCCUGCGCCAUCCUCUUCAAACCGAUUCCUCUUAAUUCUGUGUCCAGGGUGGAAUCAAAGUCGAAAUCAAGCUUCCAGAGUUGUCUGAAGCAAAUGAUUAACGUUUCUAUUUGGAGAAAAAAACGAUACGUGGUAUGGGCUAGCUCUAUUCCCCUUGCUCUGUUUGGGUACUUUGUGCCGUACGUUCACAUUGGAAAAUUUGUUGCGACGGUGUUUAAAGAUUCCGAUGGAAAAUUGCCAAUCAUGUGCAUCGGUAUCACAUCCGGCAUCGGUCGAUUAGUUUUUGGAUACAUUGCUGAUUUACCGAGGGUGAACAGAAUAUUGUUGCAACAGAUAUCCUUCCUUAGCAUUGGCGUUCUUACAAUGCUCCUUCCCGUCACACCUUCGUUUCUUGUAUUAUUACUCAUUUCCUUGGCCAUGGGAUUAUUCGAUGGAUGCUUCAUAUCCCUUUUGGGCCCUAUUGCAUUUGAUAUCUGUGGUCGAGAAGGAGCAACCCAAGCCAUUGGAUUCCUAUUAGGCAUGUGUUCGGUACCCUUAACAGUGGGCCCUCCAAUUGCUGGUCUUCUCUAUGAUCAAACUGGUAGCUACGAUCUGCCCUUCUUUUUAGCUGGUAUCCCACCAAUAGUAGGUGCGUUAACGAUGUUCCUAAUAAAGUUCGUUAAGGAAGAGGAUCCGAAACCCGUUAGAGGGAAUACGGAGGAUAAAGCUGCCUGUCAGAAUGGGUACUCGAGCAUCGACUUUCUGUCCCCGUGCUUGGUGACGACCCUCAAACCCGCGUGCCACUCGCACGAGCAAUCAAGCUGGAAGAUGACGCGUCGAGACGAGGACGACCAUUCGUCCCAAUGCUGUGGAUCUCAACGGAGCGUAGUGUGCCAUCAUCAUAAGUGCCCCGAUUAUUCUAAACAUUCGGAGAACGUGCCACUGCUUCAAACCGAGAAUCAGUCACCUGUCAGUCUUUUUCAAAGGACACCUCAGUCGUCGAUGUUUCCUACGUUUUAGCUCCCUGAAUAAAUGUUUAGAACUCGACGAGAAAUAGUUAAAAUCGGUCCUCGACGAAGCUAAUUGCAAUGUCACGCGAAUUAAGACACGGCUUACAUUUAAUAGCCACGAAACAAGCUUCAAUGUUCGAGCAAUUUUAACCGAAUUAGAGAUAUUUUAAAGCGGCAGAGAUGUUUAUUAGAAAUAUAAAGAACAAAUGUUCUCAGUGGAUCUUCUGUUCUCUGCUCGAUGGAAAAUAUAUGAGGAUUAGUCAAUAAGUAUGUUAAUCAAGGUGGAUACGGGGUGAAACAUGAUUUAGUAGUUAAAAUUUCAUUUUAUUGCAGUUGGUUGGGGUUUUGAAGGAAAUAGUGAAGCUCCAUACUCGUUGCUGUACAGUACGAGUAUCGAAGGUCUAUGCUCAGUACUGUACAGUACCGAGUAAUGAAGGUCUAUGCUUGGUACUGUACCGAGCAUAAAUCUUCAUUAUUCGGUACUGUACAGUACUGAGCAUAGACUUUUCUUAUUUUCUUCACAAUUUUUUUUUAAAACAACGAAAUCUACCAUCUACUAUAUUAAUCAUUUAAAUUUGUUGAAUUAAUACUUUUGAAAUCCACUAUACAUAUCUCUUUUAGAUAACCUACUUAUUGAUUGGCCCUCGUAGGUGUCAAUAUUUUUAAAGAAAAAGGAUGAUAUAUUAGAUCAUAAAUGAACGAAUUGGUCAAACGUCACGUCAAUUGAAUGGAAAUACUAGUUCAUCUGAACAAUAAUCUAUUUUUAGAAGGUUAAUGUACUGUACGCGUUUGAAUUCGUUAUAUAUUUUAUGCGAUUUACUAGUGGAUGUAAUUUGUGCAAAUAGUACAAACGUGUUAAGACAAGACUAAAGUAUAAUAUGAAGAUGUUGUUAAUUAAUUGUAACUUCAUCGACAUUUAUUUUUAAACAAUGGCAUUUCAAGUUAAAUAUUCUUCCAAUUUAUGUUAGAAAUAAUUAUAGGAAUUAGGUUUUUUCUUCAUUCGAAUCAAAUGUCAUCAACGACGAAUAAACUGACAAUACCAUAGAACUCUUAUGCGCAAAGAAACUUUUUUCAUUAUUUUUAAUUAGGGAAAAUUUUAUUAGCGUUGUGACCGUUGUUACUCGUUAAAAUAGAAAUCUUAGAAAUGCUUAAAUAAAAAUAUUUUAGUCGGUAUAAUGUUCACUGUUUUAGAUAAAUUGUUGUAGAAAUUGAUCGCUCGAUUAAUUAAUAUCACUUAAAUUAGUCAAUUACUCGGUAGAUAAUAUUAGAAAAUUUUAUAACGUUUACACAACAUAUCUUAUUUUGAUUUAUAUUUGAUCGUUCUCUCUAUUUUACAGUUGCAAUGAAUCAAUUAAUUAAUAAGAUUUUGUUGUACGAUUUUUUUUAUACCUAGAUCAUACGUUGACCAUAACACAAUUAAUGAUACAAAAGUACUCUAUUUUCCUAGCGUUAAGAGAGCAAAAGAAACAUUAUUUUUCUCGUAACAUUGUACAUAAAAAAUAGUUGGUAUAUUUGUCAAGUUAUGUAAAAGUAAUAAAGAAAUACGAAUGUUACAAACA